AUGCCAAGCUCCAAAUCGGGAUCCGCUGGGCAUGAUCCACCCAAUUCUGGACAAGGUGAUGGUGAAGCUGGACUGUCGAUUUCAAACGAUGCUGCCAUGACAUCUGAGCUUGCAAAACACGACGCGGGAGCGAAGCGCUUACAAGCCAAGAUUGAGUUACACUCGUCGGCAAUUCAGGAGACCCAUUGCAAGAUGCUUUCCAGCCAGUCGCUCAGCACGUCUUAUUGGAACCUUGGCAAGAAUAAGAAGAAGCAGAAAACUGCCAAAUCUUGCUCUAGUCACCAGAGAAGGCCCCACCAGCCAAUUAGUGGAGAUGUCCGUAACCUUGUGGAACACUUGAUCUUUGAUCAAAACAAGAAACAAACUGAGGUUGCCAAAGACUUUCAAAUUUCCAUCCGUCAAGUUCAUCAAAUAAAGAAGACCCAAAAUCAACUCUUUCCAACCUUGCGGAAUUAG